GGGCAAAGUGUAAGCGGGAGUUGGCAAAUCCGUUGGCAACUCCAGCCCAAAGGAAACAGACCGCCGAAGCGUGGAGUGUGGAGUUGAGUUCGUCGGAAUUGUUGUGUGUGUUUCCGUGUCCUGUGGAGUAAAAGGAAGGAAUCACAUCAUCCGUGUCCGUGCAUCCAUCCAAGUGUCGCGGAAAAGCCUAAUGCAUAUAUGAAAUGAUCAACCGAAGGGCAAUUUAUCAGCAUCCCAGAAGUGUACUCAAAAAAGUGUAACACCAAAAAAAGAGAUACAGGAUAGAAGCCGAAACAAAAGGAAAAACGCCAACAACUAACAACCCGACAACAGCAAUAACAAUUUGUCAAGAACGCACACACAUAUGCAGAUACACCACACACACACAAACACACACACACACACACACGAACACGUACACAAACACAUAUUAAAAGAGCUAAAAAAUAUAUCACGCGCGUUUUAAACGCCUCAGCUUUCAGGAUACGAAAUUAACGAGACAUGGCCGAGCCAAAGGAGAUGCAGGUGAAGCUGCUGCCCCUCAUGGAGAAUCAUGUGAAAUGAACGUAUGCCUCUGUGCAGUUUUCCAUCGAUUUUCGUCUUGCGCCACAACGGACUGGGGAUGAAAUACCAAACACAUAAAACGGAUUUGAUAUUACAAAAAUAUGCAGAAACAAGAAAAAAGGCGCGAGCUGCGCUUGAAGCGAUUCUGGCGGUCGCCGAAAACAACAUCCUCGGACGACUCCACGGGCUAUGAGAGUCCGACGCGCACGAAACCAGCGGCAAGUGCCAGCAGCAGCGAUGGGCAGCGCUUCAAUCAUCUGCACUACACCAGCCUCUCCCAGGGCUCCGGCACCUCAUCCUCGGCGACGGGCAUGGCGUGUCUGGGUCCACCGAGUGGUGUCGCUGCUGGUGGUUCUGCAGCCACCACUGGCGCUGGGUCAUCCGGCAACAACAAGCCAUCCUGUUCGCUGCCGCUGCUCCAGGUGUGGCCUAGCCAGCCGCUCUUGCGCCAGGAGGGCUUCGUACAGUUGCGUCGUAACAGCGGCCCCGAGGGCCAGCGGGACUCACCGCGCGGCGAGGCAGAUGGCCAAUCGUUCAUAUUUCCCGCCAUCGUGGAGACGAAUGUCAGCAGCCCCGUGGGUGGAGGGAGCAGCAGCAACCUCAAUCUGAAUGCCCGACGCAGCCAGAAUCACCUGACCCUCAGCACGGAUCGACGCAGCUCGCUCUACUGUGAUACCCUGCACGCCGGCGACUCGGGCAUCGACUCGGUGCAGGCAUCGCCCUCGCCCAAUGCCUUCAUCGCCCCGCCGGGUGUGCUCAGCCUGCCCAUGGGACGGACGGGCGGUGGAUCGUGCCACGUGUCGCCCACGAGUACGCCGACGCAGGGCUCGCCGAAUUUGUCGCUGGGGCGGCGGGGCAUCAGGAACAGCAUCUGCGUGGUGCCCAGCGGAGAUGGAGGGAGGCGCAAGUCGAGCGCCUUGCUCCAUCCGGACCAUGCCCGGCUGUUUGCGUUGAGGAUGAAGCAUGCGGCGGCUCUGGAACGGGCGCAGACAUCACCAGACCAAACCUCCAUCGAGGAUGCCAAUGAGUUCCAUGACAACGGACUGGCCACGAAUCUGCGGCUGUGCUCGGCCUCGUCAUCGACGACGUCGUCGCUAACAUCCGUGGCAGCGGUCAGCCUGGGCGGAUCCGGCGGCAUUGGCGCUGACGGUGGUGUGGGUAGCUGUGUGGUCGGGCUGGGCAUGGGCAUUGGCAGCAGCGGCCUGGCCACCAGCAGCGGCAGCGGUGGCGCCUGCUCCUCCGGCUCCGCCUAUGCUGUGGGCGCGGCGGGCGUCCAGCAGCGCGUCUCCGAUCCGUGGCUGCAGCCACAAUCGGAUCGGGAGCGAGACUCCCGGCAUGAUGGCCGCCGACGUUCCUCAACGAUGACCGCCCGCUACUCCCUCUUCGAUGCCCUCGACCUGGAGUACGUCCUGCUGAGGGCCGCAGCCAGGGGUUCGGUGGGUCCGUACAGUCUCAGCGAGUCCAUACACAAGCUGACCUUCACCCAAUCCCUGGCAUUUCCCGCUCUGGCCCGCGGCCUGGCCACCAAGCGGCGCCGAUCGGCCACGCACACCAGCUCCCGGCCCCUGAAUCCGCACGAGUCCGGUCUGAACACCUGCGCCAAGGUGGUCACCGCCGUGGUGCUGGUGGCCCUCUCCUUUAUGGUAUUCUUGAUAGUGUACAAGUUUGUGCGAACGUGAGGUUUGCUCCUGGCCCCGUCGCCAGAGUUGCCAGUCACAUAUCAGGCCAACUACGGACUGGAUGAUUCCUCAUCCAUCAUCUCAUCAGCUGGCCGCAGUCUGGGCAAACACAUGUCGGGGUUCAGGAGCAAAUUAGGUCUGCGUGAGGCUGACUUUGAGUGAUCCCCUCGCACGGCAAGGGGAACUACAGUAGAUCAGUAGAAAAGGCGUAGAAAGUUUAGGCUGUAGGUGCUGUAGGGUGCAGAAAAAAGUGCGUAUUGAACAUUUUUGUGAUAAACUAUCAAUGAAAAGCAAAUUUUCCACAAAACAAGAAUCCAAAAGCAAAACAAAAAUGAAAACAAGUUAAGUAAAUCGGAUAGAUAACAAAUUAAAGGCUUAAACAAUUUAGUAAACCGCUUCAAGAGGCUUGCCAGAGUUUCAUAUAUAAAAUAUAAAAUAAUAUUUUUUUAUAUAUAUAAAAAUCGAAUCGCUGCUCGCAUUUCCUAGGCUCCUACUUAGCAAAAAGAUUUUAAAAUAUAAAACUAGACUCUCCCACAAAGAAAGAUUAGGGGGGCGGAGGGAAACCAUUUCAUUGUUUUGCAGUCACAGCUGAGAAGUGGAAGUGCCUAACUUUUUGAUUAACUUCUGGUUAUUUUUCUUCUCCUAAAAUCGAAUUUAUCCAAUGUUGAAAUUGUUACAAGCAGGCAAGGCCCCAUCCCUCUAGGGAAAGUACUUUGGUGGAGGGCAUUGGAAGGAUAUGUGUGAUGAUGGAUUUUCAGUUCAUUAUGCAAUCGGUAAGAAUUUGUAUAACAAAUAAAAAAUGUAUUCCUGCUUAAGCCCUUAAUUUUAAAACAUUUUUCAUGUAGUUUCUGUUAUUUUAUUUCUGGUAUUUUGCUCCCCAUUGCCUUUAUCCCAUCAACAUUCCUCGCCAGCCCCGUAGAACACCAUUUCAGUGCUGAAUAAUUGGCUUUAGUCGUUAAGCGUCAGGCAGAAGGAGGAGAUCAAUGUGACCUACCUAUCAAUAAAUUUGUGUACUGACUUGUUAGAUGGGCGGUGCGAAUGAUAUAUUAUGGAAAUCCAGGCAUAUUUAAACAACAUAUGUAUUUACGGUAGCUAUAUAUACAUUACGUAGUUAUACAAGCAAAAAUAUGUAUGUCGCGUACGUGUACAUGUACAUAUGUGUGGGUGUUUAUAAACGUAUAUUUAAGCGGCUUAAAUGUGACAAAGCACUUGCUGAAAUACCAAUACAAAAGUAAAGAACAAAACUAUCUAACUCUACUCUUGACUUGCUGCCUUACUUUCCUCUAGUGAAGAAUAGUCGAAACAAAACGAAACGAAACUAAAUAUGUAUAAAUACGCAUGAACACAAACCCAAUUAACAAAAUUCUUCAUAAAUUGCUGCCUUACUUUCCUACUCUAUACACUUGAAUAACGAAAAAAGAAAACCUCUUAGACUCUCCCAGAGCUUUUUUCCACUUUUCCCUCUACUAUUCUGUGAGCUUGACCCAAUAGAUUAUGCAGAACAAAAUCAAUUUUAUAUAAUGCUAGUUAUACAGAUUACAUAUACAUACAUAUAUUAAAUGUACUGUUAAAUAAUUGAUAUUUAAAUAAAUGCUGGCUUAAUAUAAAUAUGUUCUUGUAUAAGUUUAAGUUGAAUAUUUUUUAUUAUGUUUUUCGAUUUUGCCUUUGCUUCGUUAUGCAUAAAUCAUUUGUGCGAAUUUGUCGACUGGCAUUCAUCAAUAUUAUAUUGUAUAAUAUGAAUUUGUGCAUAGCCUGGACAUCCUUUUUGGUUUUUCGAUUACGAUUGGUGUGCAACGACUAUGAUUAAAUAUAAAUAUAUUAUAUAUAAAAUUGCAUAUUUAAUGUCACACUAUAUAACAAAAUGAAAGCAACAAAAAAAG